AUGCUGCCAACAAACCUAAGGUCCAUCCUCGCCGUCACUGCCGUAGUCGCUACGGUCUCGGCAAAUCCCUAUCCGAAACUCGUCGGCUGCGUCGAUGUCGUUGACAUCAAUACAGGCAAAGUCACUGACUGCGUACCAAUCGGCCAAUUUGCGAACCGUCAAGAUUCCAACCAAACAAAAUACCAAAGGCAACACGCCAGAAGGAGAGCAGCCAAGGAAAAUAACCUCUGCGUAAACCUCAAGUUCAACAACCAGUCCCCUUCCGCCAAUGGCCCCAACCAAAACCGCUGUGUCUCCUUGCCCACCCUCCGCCAGCUCCAAACAGACUACCAGCACCGACAAUCCCUUAAACCGAGAGACACUGAUGACACGGACGCCUCCAACGAACCCUGCCUCGACAUGUACUACCUCUCUCCCAAGGACAACACCACCAUGACCGGAUCCUGCAUCCCCAUCUCCGACCUCGACAAAUACCAAACCGUCACCAUCAACCCUUCUUUAGACCCCCCUUCUGACGGCUCCCCAAACGAUCCCUAUGCCACCGACUCAUCCUCGCCCCUCUCCAACCGCGACUUCGGCCCGGGCGUCAACUACACCUUCUGCACCGAGCCCUACGACGUGAUCCCGCACGAAUCCCCGCACUUUCUCGACUGCGCCAUGAUCCCCGCCAACGCGCUCGGGCGCAGCCGCUACUUUACCUAUCGCGCGUCCAUCACGGAUUCGUACACUUUGCUGACAGCCAAGACGUGCGAGCUUGUCCUCAGGACGAGGGGCACCGUGGUGAACAAGGGGGUGGUCCUCAAGAUUGGCAAUACGGAUAUCGAGCGGUCGUAUCUGUAUGGAAUCAAGGCCAUCAUUGAUUCGCCGGAUGGUGCGGCGGGUAAGCAGGGGCUUUGGAUGGCGCGGGGGUUUGAGGUGGAGGGCAAGUGGAAGUGUUGGAAUAAUGCGGAGACGCAGAGGUAUCAGGUGUAUUUUGGGUAUAAGUUGAAGGGGAGCCAGCGGGGGUGGUGGGACGGGCUUGCGAGUUGA